AAAGAAAGAAAGUGAGAAGACCCAUUUUAUAAUGAUUAAUCGGAAAUCGGAAUCGAAGUAUGUACGGGUGUGAGGCGGGGGUUGUGUAUAGAGUCUGGCAGCAAGCCCAGCUAACAAAGUGGUGGUUAGGGUAUCCAUAUAUACAACACUAGUUUGAUAAGAAAAGCGGAAAAGAAUCGAGGAUGGGGACGACAAUGAAAGCAAUAUCAGCUGCGAUGAAACUCAUCGACGUCAAGAAACAAAACCUUAAAAAAGCCUUUGAUGAUUUACAAUCCCAUUCCUCUUGGCUCCCCUCUUCUACCCUCACCUGGUCCCAAAUUGACACUCACUUCACUUGCCUCCAUUCCUCUCUUGAACACCAAUUCCAAUUCCUCCAAUCCCUGGAAUCCCAACCCCAAUCCCUGGAAUCCAAACCCCAAUUUCUGGAAUCCCAACCUCAAUCCCUGGAAUCCAAACCCCAAUCUCUGGAAUCCAAUUCAAUUCCCCCAAAAUCACUCACCCGCACCGCUCGCCCCCAACUCAAAUCACUUUGCCACACCAUGGACGCAUUAGCCCUCAGAAAUUAUGUCAUCCAUCACCACAGGCAACGCGAUUCCAUUCGCCUCGAACUCGCGGAUGCUUUUGCUGCUUCUCCUGAUCCGGCCUCCUUGGUUCUCGACACCAUGGAUGGUUUUAGCUCUACUAAUGAUUUGGAGUUGAGGCGGACUUGUGUUAUGUUUUUAGAGGAAUUAAUGCAACUUAAGCCGGAGAUUAAGGGCGAAUGCAGGGAAAAGGCUAUGAUUUUGGCUAUUGAUUGUAAAGAAAUGCUUAGUACUGUUACUAGCAUUAACAACAAUACUUUCGGGUUGCUUGGCUUUUUGCUACUUGUUUCUGUUUAUGGUUUGCGCCAUGCUUUUAGCCUCCAUCAACUUACUGAUUAUGUGGUUUAUGUUGCUAAGAAUAAGAUGGCCGUUCCCUUGUGUCGCUUGCUCGAUUUUGGUGACAACAUUACUGGUAUUAUUGAGAAACUCAUCAGUAAAGGCAAUCAUAUCAUCGCCGUGAAGUUUAUAUAUGAAUUUGAGAUGACUAAACAGUUUCCACCAGUACCUUUAUUAGAGGAAUAUGCAAUGGAGUCUAAAUCUGUUGUUCAUAAGAUUCGCAUGAGUGGGGAUGUGAAUAGUCAUAAAAUGAGGGAUGUUACUUUGAAUGAACUGGAUAGAUUGAAAUCUGUUGUCAAAUGUGUAGAGGAUUACAAGCUUGCUUCUGAAUUCCCGAAGCUUAAUGCUCUUAUGCAGCGCAUUCGGAAACUAGAAAGAGAAAAACCAAACAAGAAACGUGCUGGAGCAGCCUCUGCCUCUGUGCAUGAAAAGCAAGCAAAACUACAGAAUAGUAGCAUAACAAAUCAUUCCCAAACAGAACAAGAUGGUGCAGUUCCUGCUACAAAAAGAAACACUGUGCAAGAAAAGCAAUCAAAUCUACAGAAGGAGACUGCAUUUGAUCGUAUGCAACCAGCUGAUCCAGCUAGUGUCACAACAAGGGAUUCUUCUAACUUAAGAAUCCCUGAAACUGCUGUUACCUCAGCUAUCCCAUCAUACCAGCAACCUAAUCCAUAUGCCGCAGCACCAAUUGGGCCUUAUGGAAUGGUUGGUUCUAAUCCUGACUUUGAUACCUAUGCUUCUGCACACAUGGGGUCUUAUGCAUUGACCACCUCUAGUCAUGAAAAUCCAGCCAAUUUCUACCCUUCAGGAUCACAAAUACCAGGUGAAACUUAUGGAAUGACAGGCUUGUCUUCAGGCAUGUAUGAGCAGUCAGAGCCUCCUAUGAGUUUUAAUUCCAACAUACCAGCUCCCAGUUCAAGUCUCUGCCCUCCAGGAUCGCAGAUGCCGGCUGGUUAUUAUGAUGGAAACACUGCUUAUGGUGGAUAUAGUUGGGCACCCGAGUACCAUCCGUCUUACUAUCCUCAGUAAUAAUCUGCGACAGUUGAAGUUUUAGCUGUAAGAUGAAUAUGUUUUACUACAGUGUAUGGAUCUGUCUAGUGUCUUUUUAUGUAAUUUAAAGAACAUUGGGGGCAUCUAUCCUACAUGAGCCAUGGAGUUGGCUGGAAUGUUUAAUCUGUAUAAUGUGGAGGCGAGGAGGGUAUGGUAAGAAUUUUACUUUUUGUCUUAAGGUCCAUGGCACAAGGAGUGCUUUUGUUUUUUCUCCCUAGCAAUCCGACCAGCUGAUGGCUGUUCUAAUUUUUCAAACAUGAUUUGUACUUUUGAACUCCAUUGGUAUCAAAUUUUGAAUUGUAUAUCCAAUUUUUUCUGAUA